UGGAGGGGAGGACAUGGCCAUUUCAUGCUUAGUGGUGGGUCUUCACGCGGCUCUCCCCGAGGCUUUUCUUCCGCAAAACCAGCUCUUUUCAAAACUACUUUUAGUUACUGGCUGUGUGUGCCCUGGGACUGCCCUUAUGUGUUCUAGAGUAAGCCGCAGCCUGAGCCCCAGAAAGGCAGGAAAACAGUGCCCCUUCCCGCACGUCAUGUUGCCCAAGGACAUCGCCAAGCUCGUCCCCAAGACCCAUCUGAUGUCUGAAUCGGAAUGGAGGAACCUUGGCGUGCAGCAGAGUCAGGGAUGGGUCCAUUACAUGAUCCACGAACCAGAACCUCACAUCUUGUUGUUCCGACGGCCGCUGCCCAAGAAGCCGAAGAAAUGAAGCCAGCGGCGCUUCAGCCUCGAGCUUCACGCAGCUGCCUCGCUUGCUGACAUCUUCCCGACAGCAUCAUUGUGUCGCCUUCUUGUUUCUCACUUUGGUAUUUAAAGGACGUUCAGUUCACUGUUCGAAUGUGCUGCUGCCCGCUUUGCUGGAGCAGAGCCGACAGCACCACGGCCCGGCCAGGGGAGCAAGUGGUCUUCGGCUGCGGCCUCCGCUGAGCGUUACCCCAGAAACCAUGCUGAGCUGUGCACCCGGCGGCACACAUGUGGUGGACAGAGGCAGCGUCCGAGGGUGAGGCUGCGGCUGCCACAGGGAUUGUGUAAACUUGCUGUUUGGUUUUGUUUCCUACCAGGUGUUGUAUGAUGGUGGUUUGUUUCAAUGUAUUGGAAACUUCUCAUUUUAUUCAAGAAAUCUGUUCCAUGUUAAAAGGCCUUGAUUAAAGAGGAAGUUUUUAUAAUCUAA